AUGGCGCAUCAAUCAGCCCAUUGGGCUGCCUGUUCACAAGCAAUGGUGCGUCCCCCUCCUAAUUGGUUGAAAAUGAACGUUGAUGCCUCUCUCCUACCGUCCAACCGUGCUGGCUUGGGCCUUGUGAUCCGUGACCAUGAAGGAAAACUUGUGCUGGCCGUUGGGCAUCAUAUUGAGCACUGGGAUGCAAAUUUUGUUGAAUUACUUGUGGCUCAGGCGAUGAAAGAUGUAAUAGAAGACUGGAUGUUCGAUUGUACUGUCAUUAUAAUUGAGGGAGAUUGCUCUAAGGUUAUUGUGUGGCUACAGCAGUUGCGCGACCACCGCUACAAAAUCCACCGUGAAAUUGCAGAUGUGGUCCUCUCCUUUUUGGGCUACUUCAAUCAAGUGCUGUUCAACUAUGUACCUAGGCAGAGUAAUAGGCCUGCCGAUUUAUGUGCCCGCUAUGCAUUAGAUAGAUCUUUUAUUUGGAAAUUUGUUAGUGAUUCUGACGUACCUGACGCUUUCACCUCGCUGUUGAGGGAGGAAAGCAACCGUGUAUAG